AUGGUUGCUUUCAAGAAGCAAAAGGGAUCUUUGGGUACUGCUGUAAAAUGGGAUGGUAUCUAUAGAAGUACUGACGAAGAAGACGGUGAAGAAACGAGGUCUAGGGCGUUCAGAUCAUCAAGAACGAAGAGAUAUGAGUUCAAAACACAGGAUAAGAAGGAUUUCCAGGAUGAUGAGGAUUUAGUCGAGGAACUGGCUCAUAUGAAAUUGGUAUCGAACUAUAGGGACUUGACAGGUGGUCUAGAUAUACAAUUGAAAGGAUUUGAAGACAUUCCUGAAGCUCCUAUUCCUGGUAAUACUGGUACCACAGUGGAUAAAAAAUCCAAGAGGAAGAAAGUCAAAUUAGCGUAUGAUUAUGAAGAUGAAGACGAGCAAGAUACACCAGAAUUCGAUAUAAAACUCAAAUCAGUUGAUUCGAAAAUGAAAUUCCAGAAAAAUAUACCUAAAAUGAUGAAUAAACAAACCACUGCGUCUAAACAAAUCACAGAUCCUAUAUACAAAUCAUUCAUUAAAAAAUUACAUCCCGAGGUACCCAAAACUGAAUACAAGUUACCAGAGGAUUAUCAGCCCAAAAUCUCAAGAAACAAAACAACAACAGCCACAAAGAACUGUACUCAAGAUUGA